UAGUUCGGGUCGUUUUUAGUGCACUAGGUAGCAUCCGUUGUGAAAAUGUCUAAUAAUACGCGCGACGGUAAUGAAAAUUUCUGGCCAUCGAACCAGCAACCGCCACCGCACCACUACCACCAGCAGCAUCAGCUACACCAAACGCUGUUGCAGCAACCGGUGGUGCCGCAAUUGGUCCCCCAUCCACAGCAUCUAUCCUACGCUGUCCCAACCGUGCCGGUGGUAGCACCGUCAACUCCAGCAGCAUUCUAUCAUAACGCAGCUGGAAUGGUGGAUAACUAUGGUGGUACUGCAGCUGGGUAUUCUAUGCACCAUGGUGGUGCGCACCAACCGAUGGAGGACGAAUACACAGAUACGUACGGUCAACCGAUUAAAGUGGUGUAUCAACCGCAACAACAACAGCAGGCUGCUGCUGCUUGUAUGAUACCCUGUGCCCAGGAGGACACGAAUCAAAAUCACACCGUUCAGGACAAGCAAGGGUACGAGCUGUUUUCGAACAAUAGCAGCUUCCUGCUAGCUGCUCCGGGUUUCGGUUUUACUCUGCAUAACCCACAACAGCAGCAGCAACAACAACAUCAGCAACAGCAGCAACAACGGACACAACAAUUGCAACUACCACAACAACAGUUGCCACAAUUCUCUAUGCCUACUGCCCCAACACUCCUAAACCAUUCGGUUUCAUCAUCUCCGGUACCGGCUGCAUCGUCGCAUUCGCUAGAAAAUGGAAACAGCAACACAAGCACACUGAUCAGUCAGCUGGUCGGGAACUGGGCACCAACCAUUUCCGGCACGUACGGUAACGGACCAUCGUCGACCCAAAUAAAUGACGAUGUACAACCUACAAUCAUUGCUCCUGCAGAUCGAGAAGCCCGAACAAGCAAGCGUACCGUAUCACCCACCAAGUCAGCCGCUACAAAACCUGCAAUUAAUCCUGUCCCACCGAAUGUGGUCGGUACAGGACCCCCGGCACACGGAUCAGCUUCUGGUUCGCCUACCGUCUCCGUUGUAACACGCACCAGCACAAACGUUGCCACAGCAUCAGCUGUUUACAACCAGCAGAACGACGAUAAUUCGGCCAAGCUUGACCAGAACGUGAACAAGAAGCAGCGCAUUGUGGCCGAAGUGAAACCGAUGCGCAUGUCGUACUCUGAUGUGCUGAGCAAAAAUGUUCCUCCCGGGGGAAAUGGGAAUGUAUUCGCUGCUGGCGUCCCUUCUACCAACGGGGAAACGGCGAAUGUGCUUCCAGCAAUGCACGGACCGAAUGGGACGAAAGCGUCCUCCGGAAGCAACGGAUCAAACGGUGGCAGUGCCAUGGGUGGUAAAUCGAAACGAGAGUCAAAGCGUACGAAUGCCAAUGGGGAUCGAAAAUCGGUUGGAAGCGUAGCGGGAUCGGGUCCCCAGAAGGAACGACUAAUCGAAGGAAGUGUGCGGAAGGGAAAUGGUGCUGGAACUAGAACGAUUUCUCCCACGCACACGGAUGGAAGCUUCAAAGUGGAUGGGAACGUUGCCUCAGAAAGUUCGCUAAGAUCAGCUCACGAGAAAGGCCGCAAGAACGAAAAGGUGAACAAGAAAGAUAAAAGCUUCCGCACCGGUACGGAAGGUAGUCACGAGGGAAGUGGUUUUGCGGGAAAAAAAGGCAAAACAAUGGCCCAAUCGAACGAUGUUGCCGAGGGACUUUCCGGACUGCUGCAAAGCAACCUUACUGCCGGCGUGAGACCCAACGAAACUGAGGAAGAAGAACAUGGUGAAGAAGAGUACGACGAUGAGUAUGAUGAUUCGGACGAGUACGAUCAGAAUAGCUUCGGUGCGUCGGAUACGGCCGGUCAGCAGGAUGAGACCACUGGACGUCAUGAACAGCUUCCGUUCGUGUACAACGUGAAGAAAAACACAAAUAACGGCACGAAUGUAACACAUAUCGAGAAGAUUAACCCACCGCGGACGGCCUCCACCUACCGGAAGGUGGCAACGGCAGGUGGUGGUGGUGGUGGCCGCAAUGUCUCAUCUCGCCCCGGCCUUGGAAAGCAACAGGACAAAACGUUUGGCAGUUCAACGCCAUCGGGCGGAAAGCGUUCCGUACGGGCACGCAAAAAUCAAAAGUAUGCUUUUCUGGAGAAAUUGUUCCGCAAAUGGCUAGAGUACAUGGUGCUGGCACUACACUGGCUGUGGUCACUGGUGAGCGAUGUGGUGUACCUUAGCGUACGGCUUGCCUGGGACUAUGCCCUGUCCGGGUAUCAGUAUUGCUGGCAGCAUGCGCGCCAGCUACGGCAAGAUUUGGGUAAAAACUCGGCCCGACCCGGUGCAUGGUUUCGAAGCGUUUGCCAAUCGUUUGACGGUCGCUUUGCAAAGGAUUCGCCGUGGGCAUUCUGGCGGCGCUGUCGUAGACAAAAGCCGGUAGAACCGACCGGUGGUAAACCGACCGACCGGUACCGAGAUGGACGGCUUCCGUCAACGGCUGAUGAAGCGAUGUCGUCGCUGCUGAACUGCAAGGGUAAGGAUGCGUACAGUAUUUUGGGCGUGAGUCCGGACUGCUCACAGGAGCAGAUAAGGAAGCACUACAAAAAGAUUGCCGUGCUGGUGCAUCCGGACAAGAACAAGCAGCCGGGAGCGGAGGAAGCGUUUAAGGUGCUGCAACGGUCGUUCGAGCUAAUUGGUGAACCCGAAAGCCGCAAAGAGUACGAUCAGAGCUUGGCCGAGGCGCUGAACGCGGAGAAAGCGUGGUCCGAGAUUAACGAUCUGUUGACGCAGCUGCACACGAAAAUAUCGGAAGCGGCCAACACAAUACGAUGUAGCAGCUGUUGCCUGCGUCACCCCCGAAAACCGACCGGACGGGCACACUACGCUGCAAGGGAGUGUAGUUCCUGCAAGAUACGUCAUCCGGCACGAGAGGGAGAUAUUUGGGCUGAAACGAGUUUCUUUGGAUUGCGUUGGAAGUAUCUCGCGAUGAUGGAGGGCAACGUGUACGAUAUCACUGAAUGGGCCAACUGCCAGAAGGGUGCACUGUCACACCUGCAACCCAAUUCGCACAUUGUGCAGUAUCGCAUCGUACUAGGGAGCAGCUCCCAACAACAGCAACAGCAGCAGCACCAGCAGCAACAGCAAUCCCAACACCAUCAGCAAGGUCAACCACAAGACAAGGACCCGAUUGGACGCUCACGCAAAGAACCGGGAGUAAAUGAGCCAAAUUUGGACGACUUCUUGAAUAAUAUUUACGCCGGACAGAAUCAGCAAGCAUCUUCCCAGAAUGCUUCCUCCAGGCGACGCUAUCGUAGAAAUUAA